UUGGCAAAAGAACUUCAUAGCUAUUCAUGAAACAGAAGAACUAGCACUACAUGUUCUUCCCUGAAGCUUAUCGUUGGUGUAAUACAAAUAGCUUUUCAUAUCUUUGUGCUCUUCCAGCCUACUCCCGUUCGUCCCCAUCUGGUGCGAUUGCUUGCCUUCUGAAGCUUUGUGGCUUUUCAUGUUGCCACCACAUUCUUGAAGAAUCUGCAAUUCUUUUCAACCCCUAAUUAAGUGUCCGUUUAGAGAACGGCAAGUCUAGACUUAAGUCUACGGUUUCAAAGAUCGGCCAAACAUGCGACCUCGGAGAUUAGCUCACCACUUCAUCGUUGACAGUGUAAGACAUGCCAGCUCCAAACACUAACCGUGAUCAGGGACCGCCGCCGCGGCCUUUCGGCAGCUUGUGCAUGCGUCGAAUAAACUCGACGUGAUCAGCAAGAACACGCGGGGAAUCACACUCUGGUAUCACAAUCCAGCGAUGAGAGAGUACUUCUAUCGCCGGAAUGAUGCCAAAACGUGUGGGGAUUGGAGUAACGGUUCAAGGUCGUGAUGUAAGGGUUCUCACCUUUCUAACUGUGGACAGCAGUUGACUAAAAGAAAUCUGAGGGUACAGUGAUGAUCGUCUCCAGUGGUUUUGGGUGGAUAGCCUGACUACCUACCAUCGCAGCCGUGCCAUCACUACCUACGUGCUCAGCUUCCAAAGCUUCGACGAUCAUCGCUGGGUUACUCCCCUUGCUACUCGUCAACUCAAAAGCACGUAGAUAAAUCCGGGUCUAACAUCAUCCAAAGGAAGCGGAAGAUCUUGCGACUUUGCAGAGCGCUUCUAUUCAAAGAGCUGCUGUCGAUGAAGCAUGAAGAAGUUCUGAUCCCAUGAGCAUGCCUUUUGCCGUGGAUUCCGCGCUCAUAGAGUUACAGAUUUCGUCGCAUUUGUACCAGUCUGGCACGAGAAUUUGAAUGAUCCUGAGACUUUGUCUCAAACAAGACCAAAACAGUAUCCUGGCCAUGGCGGAGUCGCUAUGACUACCCACCUUUGCCUUCCCAAGGGUGUAGAUAGGAUGCCUGCAGUCGCAAGUAUGGCUUUGAGCUUGAGAUUCUUACUGCCGAGAGUCUUGCCUACGAAAACUCCUGCAAAUGCCCCCGGUAGUCAAUUCUUACGCGGGCGAGCGGUGUCGCUGAGUUCUAACAUUGCUUCCGGUUCUUCUCGAGAAUUGUUCUCUUUAACUUGUCGAUGUCAGAAGGGGCUGGAGAAAGUGUUCGGAGAUCGAGGACCCGUGUAUGUUUGCACUGAUCCCUCGAAUAUCGAUGCGGAGCAGCUGAGCUCUUUCCUCGCCGCGAGCAAUCAAAAUUGCGAGCUAUUUCCCAGAUUGCGAGACGAUGGAUCCGUGGUGCCUGUGAACCCUACGAAGCUUCGCCGUGCCUUGCGACACAGCACCGUCGUUGUAGCUUUGUACGUGGAGCAGGACGACGAAGAGGAGUGCGAAGCAGAAGCAGACAGAAUUGAUCAAAUUCCAGGGCAGCCUGGCCGAGGGUGGCUUGACUACUGGAAGCCUAGGCCUGAGAGGAGGAGGACUCUGGUCGCGUUCGGUAGAGCCACUUCUGACUUCUCGCUCACUGCAUCUAUCUAUGAUCUUGCGGUCGCACCAUCGUACCAAAGGGCGGGCUACGGAAGCCGAGUACUGCUUCGAAUUGUCAGAGAAUUGAGACGGAAAGGCAUCUGCGACAUCGCCGUGACGCCCGCACCAGAGCUCAGGAAAUUUUUUGAGAAAUGCGGGUUCGCCCCAGACCAGCUGAACUCCACCACGAUGAUGUACACGCUCAGCGCGACGGAUGCGGGUCAAAGUGCCAGCGAGAUCAAAGAGUACGGCAGAAAAAUGUUUCUCAUCCCACCACCUCUCACUCCUCGCGCUUCGACGCGGAUCCUGGAAAGAAGCCGGCUCUAACAGCACAUUUCUGACCUUGCUUCUCCUGCCGCCGAGUAGAAUUUCUCGUAGGCCUCAAACGCUGAAUGCUGACCAUGCUGGACCUCUGAUUAGAUUCUGUGACUCGGCCGGCCUACUUUUGUACAACAUCCCCUCCCCUGUACAGAUAGAUGCUCGAUGGAUUUUGCUCUGCGUCUCAGUUCUCUUGCAGCAAAUAAAGGUGAUUACUGCCUCAUCAAACGAGGUUGCUACCUCAUCUUCUGACCUGUUCUACGUCUUGCAUUCCAUAGCGUGAACCGUGGGGUACCUGUCUCGAGGUUCCUUUGCCUGAACCAAGUAAUUUCUCUCAUUUAUAUUAGAAAAAGUCGCCGCUGAUGGUAGAUGAACUACCGCAGCCAGCUACUAGUGUACAGUACAUCUGGAUUAUUCUCUUCUAUCGAUAGAGAUGGAGUUGUUGUGUGAGUUCCAAGUCUUUGUCUUUGAUGGACGGAGGGUAUACCUUGACGUCGUUUGUGGAACCUGAAGCUGCAGAAUGAGAUCUGCACUUGCGUGAUAGAGACGCGAGCAUUGUGACAGCGAUGGAAAGCAUGUC